UAAACAGCCCUCUGCUUAUUCCAGAGGUGUCGGCCCUUGCACUGGGGGCCGAGGAGUUGAGUGGGGAGUUUUUGUACAUCAAGCAGGCAUACUCUUUAGUCUGACAAGUACAUACAAGAAGUUUUGCCCUAUUUGUGAGCGAUGGCGACGUACCAGGAGUUUAUCCAGCAGCAGGAGGACCGGGACGGCGUGCGCCUGACGUGGAACGUCUGGCCGUCCAGCCGGCUGGAGGCCACGCGCCUGGUAGUGCCCGUGUCGGCACUCUAUACCCCGCUCAAGGAGAGGCCAGACCUCCAGCCGGUGCAGUAUGAUCCCGUGGUGUGCACGCGCACCAACUGUCGCGCCAUCCUCAAUCCGUGCUGCCAGGUGGACUACCGCGCCAAAAUCUGGGUCUGCAACUUCUGCUUUCAGCGUAACCAGUUUCCACCGCAGUACGCCUCCAUCACGGAGCAGCACCAGCCGGCCGAGCUGAUCCCGCAGUUCUCCACCAUCGAGUACACCAUCACGCGGGCGCAGUGUAUGCCGCCCAUCUUCCUGCUGGUGGUGGACACGUGUGUGGACGAGGACGAGCUGGCGGCACUGAAGGAGUCGCUGCAGAUGUCGCUCAGCCUGAUGCCACCCAACGCGCUCGUCGGCCUCAUCACCUUCGGCAAGAUGGUCCAGGUGCACGAGCUGGGCUGCGACGGCUGCUCCAAGUCGUUCGUGUUCCGCGGCACCAAGGACGUGACGGCGCGCCAGGUGCAGGACAUGCUGGGGAUCGGACGCGGCGGCGCGCCGCAGCAGGCGCGCGCGCCACAGCAGCCCGGCCAGCCGCAGCAGCCGCAGCAGCAGCAGGCGCAGCUCAAUAGAUUCUUGCAGCCGCUGCACAAGUGCGACAGCAACUUGACGGACCUGCUGGGCGAGCUGCAGCGCGACCCGUGGCCGGUGCCGCAGGCCAAACGUCCGCUGCGCUCAACCGGCGCCGCGCUCUCCAUCGCCGUCAGUCUGCUCGAGGUGUCAUUAGGGAUUGACUCCUCCUCUAAGGAGCCGUUCGCGAGGUGCACAUUCCCCAACUCUGGUGGGCGGAUCAUGCUGUUCGUGGGCGGCGCGUGCUCCCAGGGACCGGGCAUGGUGCUCAACGAUGAUCUCAAGAACCCCAUCAGGUCGCACAACGACAUCGAGAAGGACAACGCCAAGUACAUGAAGAAGGCCAUCAAGCACUACGAGGCGCUGGCGGGCCGCGCGGCCAACAAUGGCCACGCCGUGGACAUCUACAGCUGCGCCCUGGACCAGACCGGCCUCAUGGAGAUGAAGUACUGCUGCAACCUCAGCGGGGGUCACAUGGUGAUGGGCGACUCCUUCAACUCGUCGCUGUUCAAGCAGACCUUCCAGCGGGUGUUCGCGAAGGAUCAGCGUAACGAGUACAAGAUGGCCUUCAACGCCGUGGUGGAGGUGAAGACCUCCCGGGAGAUCAAGGUGUCGGGCUGCCUGGGACCGUGCGUGUCGAUGAACAACAAGGCGCCGAACGUGGGCGAGACCGAGGUGGGCGUGGGCGGCACGUCCCAGUGGAAGUUCUGCUCGCUGACGCCCAACACCACGCCCGUCAUCGUGCUGGAGGUGGUCAACCAGCACGGGGCGCCGAUCCCGCAGGGCGGCCGCGGCUGCCUGCAGUUCAUCACGCAGUACCAGCACUCUAGCGGCCAGAAGCGGGUCCGCGUCACCACCAUCGCCAGGAACUGGGCCGACGCCACCACGGGCAUGCAGCACAUCUCGGCCGGCUUCGACUCGGAGGCGGCGGCUGUCACCAUGGGCCGGAUGGCCGUGUGGAGGGCCGAGAGCGCCGACGGUCGGGACGUGCUUCGCUGGGUGGACCGCAUGCUGAUCCGGCUGGUGCAGAAGUUCGGCGAGUACAACAAGGACGACCCCAACAGCUUCCGGCUGUCUGAGAAUUUCAGCCUGUACCCGCAGUUCAUGUUCCACCUGCGUCGCUCGCCGUUCCUGCAGGUGUUCAACAACUCACCCGACGAGACGAGCUUCUACCGGCACAUGCUGAUGCGGGAGGACCUGACGCAGAGCCUGAUCAUGAUCCAGCCGAUCCUGUACAGCUACAGCUUCAACGGGCCGCCGGAGCCGGUGCUGCUCGACACGAGCAGCAUCCAGCCGGACCGCAUCCUGCUGAUGGACACGUUCUUCCAGAUCCUCAUAUUCCACGGCGAGACGAUUGCGCAGUGGCGCGCCGCCAAGUACCAGGAGCUGCCCGAGUACGAGAACUUCAAGCAGCUGCUGGAGGCGCCAGUGGACGAUGCGCAAGAGAUCCUGCAGACGCGCUUCCCGAUGCCGCGCUACAUCGACACGGAACAGGGCCACUCGCAGGCGCGGUUCCUGCUGCACAAGGUGAACCCGUCGCAGACGCACAACAACAUGUACGCCUACGGCGGCCAGGACGUGGCUAUCAGCUCAUCAGGGGAGGGCGGAGCACCGGUGCUCACCGACGACGUCAGCCUGCAGGUGUUCAUGGAGCACCUCAAGAAGCUGGCCGUCUCCUCUCAGGCCUAGGAGGCCUCCCCUGCAGCUGCGGCGCCCGUCCGAUGAGACGUGGCCAGCGGUGGUGCUGGUCCAGUGGGACGACAGCGGUGGUGCUGGUCCAGUGGGACGGCGGCGGUGGUGCUGGUCCAGUGGGACGGCAGCGGUGGUGCUGGCCCAGUGACUUGGUUCAGCUAUUGCCCAGUGACAAGCGAUCAGCUGCACUGGGGUCGACGAUUCAGUAGCGUGUGAUCUGGCUGCGAGACGGUGCUGUUUUGUUGGAUGUGGGUAACGUGUGAUGUGAACUGCUGUUUAUUAGUAGAUUUUCAAUCUCGCUCGUGCUAUACUUUAUCGUACAGUUAGACGCCUACAACAGUAUGAAUAUACUUUGC